GUUUAAAACAACAUUCACAUAGUUGAAUUUUACUACCUGGCACUUUAAGCAAUCAGAGUACCACGAGUGAGUCAUUUGUGACACAAGUAGUGCUUACUUUUGAGUUAGGUAGUUAAGUUAGGAGUAGGAGUGUAGGACGAUGACGAGAGUGGAAGCAGUGGACGUAUUAACUAGUCUCUAGAGAUAGGCAUUACAAUUUGGCCUAGUGAAUUACAUACAUACUACUGUAGAAAAUUGAAUAGUGUAAGUGUAGGCCUAGCUAUACUAUAAGUACAAGUCAACAAGUUACAAUUAAUCAUUUCAUUUCUUAACUUGGACAUUUAAUUUAAAGUGUAAAUGUAGAAUUUAGUAGUUUAAAGUAAAAAGCCCAGUAUCAUGUAUCAGUUUAAUUAUUAGUAUUUCUUCUACCACAUCCUGGAGGGAAAACAAUUUGUUUCAAUGGCAACUUUUAUGCCUUUACUUUUCACAUUUUGUAUGUAUACGCUGGUUAAGUCAAGUUGUACAGCCUAACAGUUACAGGUUUUCACUUGAUUUAAAUAGUUUUAGGUAAAGCACCACGAGUACAAUACUCAUUCAUGCACAAAUUCUGUGCAUCAUUUGGAAAAAAAUCAUGCAAAAUCCUUUGCGGCAAUAUAACAUUUGUUGAGAAUCUUUUUUUGUGUGUGUGUGUUUUAAGCCACUUUUUUUCUAUUAAUUAAUAAAUAAUUUUGUCAACAUUAAUGAUGUAAAUGAAAAUGUAAAGUAAAGCGCAUAUUUUUCCAAAACUGGUGAUACCAUUUUUGCAGCAUGGUGGGCCUAUGAAUGGCAAUGCAUUUACUAUGAUCUUAUUUCCGUAUGUACUUAAGUAGCUUAGAACUUUUUUAUGUAAAUUCUAAUUCAUAAGACAUAGUGGUUUACACUGCUUCAUUCAUUUACAAACAGAAAUAACUUUAUUUCGUUAAUAAUAGUAAUUUUGAAAAAAAGUGGGAGGUGUACAAAAAUUAAAAUGUGAGUUGUCACCUGCCUCAAAAACAAAAUUUGGGUUGUCCCAAAUGGCUCUUCAUCAAUUUAAUGUAAAGAGAUUUUUAUUAUUGUUCAUCUUUAAAAUCCGUGGAACACUAAUCAGUUAUUGAAGAAUGGGAAAAAGUUUUAACAUAUUUUUAGAAAUGAAGACAACCCAUUAAAUUAAAAGAUUUUUAUUAAUUUUAGUUUGUGUAGUAAGUUGUAUUUUGGACUUGUUUUGGCCAUUAUUUUAUAUAAUUUUAUGUGUACGCCUAGUUAUUAACCAGUAUUUUCAUUAAUUAUAAUUAAUGAAAUAAUAACACAAUAAAAAGCACUGCUAUUACUAUUGAUAAUACUAUUAUUAAUUAUUAUUUUUAAAAACUGGGCUCAGCAUCCAGACACACUACUAAGUGUUAACUCAAUAUGAUAUAUUUUUGUGGAAAUUGACAAUUGUGUCAAUCUAUGACUUGUUUGAAAUUUGAUAAUAGACAAAUGAGCCCAAAAUUUGUAAAAAGAGACUUAAAAUUAAUAAAUAAGACUCAACAUAAUCAUAGUAAUUGUAGUUUUAUUUUGGCAUAGGAAACAUUUUACAUGGACAAAUAUUUAAUAUUUCUAGUAAAAUAUUCUUAUUAGAACUAAGAAUAAGUUGUACAAUUUUGUUGUGUAAAUAGGUUGGCUAAGCCAACAAUUUUCUUAGGCUAAACAUUUAAUCAACAUUAUUUUUAAAUAGAUUUAUACCACACUUUCACUAGUUUCACCACAACACUCCAUUGUCAAUAGAUGUGAAAGAUUACUGAUUAUCUGCCAUUUUUAUCAUUGGUCAUUGCUAUUCUUAAGGUGGACUUUAUUGUUAACCCAAGGUUCAGUUUUAUUUAACAUGAUUUUGAAAAUCAUGAUUUAGUUAGAAAUAUAUUUUAUGUUAAUAAUAAUAAUAGUUGUAAAGGUAUUCAAAAUAUCUGUCAUUCAUUGUUAAUUAGUGAUUCAACUAUUCUUUAAACUAGAGUUUCCUAAACUGUGCAUCGCUGUGCUCUAGGAAACAGUAGCUUUCUCAUAGGGAAUCAUGAAGAAGUGUUUAAAAUUUCUUAACGUAAUGAGACCCGACAUCUGUAUUAAAAUUCUGGCAUAAUAAUUAAGCUUAUAUCUCGUUUUUGUUUAUAAGUAACUGUCUGUUUUUGCGCAUCUUUGUGCUGAAUUCGUUUUCUAACUUUGUAAUGUAGAAUAUUAUUGUCAUAAUUGUGAUUAAGUCAAAUGAAGUUAUUUAAGUAUUGCUUCUCGUUUAUGUUUCAAAAUGGAUGAAAAUGUUGGAAAAGAAUGUUUCUCCUUAUUUCAAUAGUUCUUUUUGUCCAAUGAAGUUAAUAUAUUUUGAGAUAUGAACACUUAUCAAAGCUUUUUACCGUUAAUGGGUUCGAGAAAUGUUUCAAAAUAAAAAUAUUGGUAUAUCAAGAUCCAUUAAAUGACACUACUCCAUCUGAAUUGACUGCUGUAGAAGAAGAGAAUCUUAUUAAGUUUUCCUGUGACAACAGGUUAAAAAAACCAGUUUAUCAAUAUCGAAUUUGAUUUUUUUUUAUAAAUCAGUAAAAGAUUAAUAUUUUAAGUGGUAAAGCUCAGUCGAUUUUAACUCCAUAUGCAACUUUUCAUUUGUGCGAAGCUGGGUUUUCAUCAGUGAUAAAGACUAGUUAAUCAAUACCGGUACAUUCAAUGUACAUUAAGAAAUGAGGGUGACUAUGUCCACUUUGGUUCUAAGAUUUUAGAAAUGAUGUGGUGAUCAACAGUCUUUAUCUAUCCAAAUAAUUUUAAUUAGUUGAAUUUUCUGGGGGAAAAAAAAAGCUACAGACGUUUAUCAACUCAUGUCUCCGAACGAUUUUACGAAUCCGCUGGCCCAACGUCAUCACCAACGAGGGUCUCUGGAGGCGCACACAACAAGAACCAGUGGAAGAGGUAAUCUGCCAGCGCAGAUGGAGAUGGAUUGACCACACCCUCAAAAAGCCUGCAUCAAGUAUCACGAGACAAGCCCUCACUUGGAACCCCCAGGACAAGAGAAAAAGAGGUUGACCCAAAACGUCUUGAAGACAACACUAGACACAUUUGCGUCUAUUGCCUCAAGCCUUCCAACCCCCAUUGCAUGAUUCCUUCACAAAGUAGCACUUGUAAUCAUUGAAAUAUCCUCAUCAGCACCAGGCACAGAAACAUUGCAAAUCCCCUCUACAUGCAUAGGAGCCAAAAUGACCAAUAAAUUGAUCGUGGGCCCUUAAUAUAUUAGAAGAAUUGGGGAACUGGAGGCAGACACCAAAAAGAGUGGCCGCAACUGGGGACAGUUGGUGAGACUUGCCCAAGACCGUGAUGCCUGGAGAGCCUUUGUUUGUGGCCUAUGCCCCAGACGGGACAACAGGCUAUGAUGAUGAGGAUGAUGAAUUUUCUGAAUUACAUUUUUUUUUUUUGAUCUUAAUAGCAUCUUUUAUUAUGUUUCUCUAACAAUUAUGACAGUAUUCAACAUAGGGGGUCUUUGGUAAGUUUGAUAAAUCUGAAUGCAAGGAAAGUCAAUGUUGGGGAACCUAUAGACAAUUGGUAUUGUUUGGCAUUUUGACAAUAACUUGCUUACUUUAGGUUUUAUUCAAAUACAGUAAAAUCUUGGAUUGCCAGUAUUUUGCUAGAAUAGGGCUUGUCAUUUAAUGGCGGACAUCUAUUAAUAGAACUGAUGUCAUAAUUACUCAUCCGGGUACUCAGCGCGGACAAAAUGUCAACACUGUUCAGCAUUACUGUGUUAGCGAAGUGUCCCUGAAACUUGUUUACAAAUCUAUUUUUCGAAAUAUUUGACACAUUUUUUUUUUUACUUCUAUUUUCUGAAAUGAGACACCAUUCGCGUACGGCACAUGUAACAGUGACUCUAGAUACAAGGAUCGUCCGAACGAUGUGCUGAAAUACACUAUAAGUGGCCAUGUUUUAAGCAAUAUUUGUCCGCCGACCUUCUAAAAAUAGUACGCUAUGACGUUUUCCGGUCGGAGAAAUGACAAAGCCUAUACAAGUUGAAUGUAGAUUCUGUGUAAGCCAAGCAUAUCAUAAUAACAACUGAGCCAUAAUAAUAACUCAUCAACAUCUGGGCGAGCAUAUACUAUUUACAUGUGUUAACUAUAGUGCUGUAACAGAAGACUCACUUCAAAUGAGUUCAGGGUAUGUGUAAAAUAGGGGAACGAUUGUAAAACUAAGAGGCACCAAUAUAAAAUAGGCUAAAAAGGGAGCAAAAGUAAGUGCCAUUGGAUAGGAUCCUUGUUGUUGCAUGAAAAAAAAAGAUUUCAGGUAGCCAACAAAUGAUUGAAGCGUUAGUGACAGUGAAAGUCUUCCUACUCAAUGACCUUCCUGCUCUUCUCCCUUUAAUCUCCUUGAAACCACCAAUGAUUAAAUUUUAUUAAUAAAUUUGAAUAGCUUAUAUAAAAUUUAAAUACUUUGUUUAUUAUGUAGAUCAAUUUUAUGCAUAUAUUUUUGGGUAAUGGAUGUACCAUUUGAGUUUACAUUAAUUAUGGGGGAAAUUCACUUUGAUAAAGAGCGCUUUGAAAUACAAGCUUGCUUUCAUAACAAGUUAACCAUAAAAUCCAAGUUUAUAUUGUUUAUUGAGAAGAAUUUCUAGACUCUUUAUUAAUUUUAACUUGUUUUAUAUAAUAUUCCAGUUACAAAUAAGACCCUAAGAUGAGUUAUCCACAAUAUGGUGGUGGUUACCCUCCUCAGCAGCCUGGGUAUCCAGCUCCUGGUGGGUAUGGUGCUGGUUAUCCACAACCCGGUGGUUAUCCACCCCCUGGUGGAGUAAGUUUUUUUUUUUUUUAUAAAACAAACAUACAUUUUCAAGAAACGUCCCUCUGAAUUAAUUAAUAUUAUGUGUCAGCCAAGCAUAUCAUUAAAACAAUUGAGCCUUUAAUAACGUGUCAACAUUUGGUUGAGCGUAUACUGUUUACUUUUGUGUGCUGUAACAGAGGACUCCCUCACUUCAAAUGAGGUCAGGGUAUGUGGGUUUGUUUUUGUUUUUUUUUGGGGGGGGAGCAAUUUAUCAUGUGAUUUCAGUAUAUUAAAGAUUAUCUGAUUUAGAUUUAGAGAUAAACUAUUACCAGUUCUUGUGAUCCAUAAAAUAGUUUUAAUUAUAAUUUAAUGCAGAUAUUUUAUCUAACAGUAAGUUUACUCUAACAUAUAAAUAUAGUUCUUUAAAGAAAGCUUUAAAAGAAAGUAAAAAUGUAUUAAUGACUUCCAAAAUUUGCAGGCUGGUAUGCCAACUCCUGAAUCGGCAUCUGCUGCAGCUUAUGGCACUGCUCCAGGUGGCCUUCCUUAUGCUCCACAACCAUCAGGUGGUCCAGGAAAUAUUGGAUUCAAUGUCAGUAUAUAUGUAUAUUAUAAUAGUUCAUUAAAUGUAUGAUUGUAAUUUUUUUUAGUACCAGUGCUGCCCAAUGCUGUUCUUCUCUUAACAUAGUCAUGUAUUUUGUUUUUUUGGUUAACUUCCAGCCCUGGUUGUCCUGAUGUGUCUUCUAAUUCAAUCAAAGCUUUUGAUGUGUCUUUAACUUUUCCCUAACAGGGCUAUGUCAUCAGUAUAUACAAGAUACUGAAGGGUUUUGUUGUAGAGAGUGCUCAUUGGUUGUCUUGGGUUUCCUUCAGAAAGUAUCCUGUGAUUGUUCCUCGGGUGUCAAUAUGUAUGCUUCUUAUAAUUCUCUCAAAUGUUAGGUUACAUAGCAAACAAGACAGUGAGUUGAUUUCGGCCAUUAUGUAUCAGGCAUGGUCUCUGCUUAAAUUUAACCCUUACAAUUGCAAGUAGAUGGUUAGAGUCUGCAUCUACCCCUCAAUAGCUUCUUACAUCUAGUUUGUCUGAUCCAUGCCUCCGAUCAAUUAGAAAAUAUUCAAUUUGGUUGUGAGUGAUUUCCAUCUUAGUGAGUUCCUAGUAACUUAUGUAUAUUUUUAUGUGAAAAUAUGGUGCUACUAACUGUCAUCCCUUUUCUUGAAGCAAAGUCUAUGAGUCGGAUCCCAUUGUCAUUGGAUUCUUCAUGCAGGCUCUCAUUGCCAAUAGUUGGCAUAUUAACCUUUUCUUUCCCUAAUUUGGCAUUUAGGUCGCCAAUCACUAUUUUAAUAUCAUGACAUGGUCCCUCAUUUAUUAGUUUAAAGUAGGCUUGCACUGAUUAGCAAAUCGGCAGGCUACCAAUUAAUUAUCUGCUGAAUAUUUUCAGUAUAAUUAUGUAAUUUAGUUAGCACCUUUUAUUUUCAGCUGCUAUAGAAAAAUUAAUUUCAUCCUCUAACUUUACUUGAUACAUUUUCUCAUUAGGUCGGUGGACCAAUGUCUGGCCCAGGAUAUCCUGGUGCUCCUCCUGCUGCCAUGCCAUCUGGAUAUCCAUCUGCUCAGCCUACUUAUCCUGCAGCUCAGGUAGUUUCAUUAUCUUUUAUCCAGCUGGUAUAAUUCUAAUACCAGUACGCCAAUACGUAGCAUGUAGGACAAUCCGUAACUUGUAUUGAAUCCUCAGUUCACACAAUUUCUGCCAUUUUUUUGAGAAUGCUGUUAUCAAUUUAUUAAUUAUUUAUUUCAUGGUUUAAUGGUUAUGGAUUGGGAUGUGUCAGUAAAAAUGACUACACUACACCUUGUUGUAUGAGUUUAACUUCAAAUAGAUUUUUAACCCCAUUAUUAUUAAAUAAUAGUUGUUGAAAUGUUUACUCAUAUAUUUUUAACAUUUGAUUUAUUUUGGUAAUUUUUCUACGUAAAUCGUUCUGAUUGUUUACAAAAAUAUUUUUAAAAUCCAUAUAUCUUGGCUAAGAGAUCUUUUUGUAAGUUCCACACCUUGAGAUGGCUAAGUUAACACAGUGAUUGUGUCAAAUCUACCAGACUACUCAAUGGCGUUCAUCAAAUUCCGUGGCGUUUGUAUUAAUUUCAGCCCGGGUAUCCAGCUCAGCCUGGGUAUUCACAGCAGAGUGGUGGCUACCCUGCCCCUGGUUACAACCCAGCAGCACCCGGUGGGUAUGGAGCCCCUACACCUGCGUAUGGUCAGCCACAAGGCUCUGCACAGCCCCCGUAUGGUGGUGGCGUUGGAGGACCCACACCAGGAUAUGGAGCCCAGCCAGCAAGUGGGUAUGGAGCUCCUCCAGCAGGAGGUUAUGGUGCUCCCCCAGCAGGAGGUUAUGGAGCCCCGCCAGCAGGAGGUUAUGGAGCCCCCCCAACAGGAGGUUAUGGAGCACCUUCUGCUCCUGGAUACGGGGCUCCUUCUGCUGCUGGAUAUGGACAGGCGGGUGGACAAUAUCCAGGUGGUCAAAGCGCUGGUCAACAGGGACAAUAUCCUGGAGCUGUUGCUGGUGGAUAUGGAAAUGUUCCUCCUGCAGCUAACUAUAAAAUAUAUGUAAGUAUAUUUUAAAAAAUGUAUAUGCUUUCAAUCUUUCUCGUCUACUGAGUACGUUAAAUGAAAAUAAUCCCAAAGGUUUCUUUAAAUAAGUUAUAUUUUGUAAGCCCUAAGGUCACUGUACAUUUGCAUUAUCAUUUUUUUAAACUGAAUUUUCUUUUUUCUAGGAAGAGGGAACACUAAAACCAUUUCCCCACUUUAACGUUGAACAAGAUGUGCAAGUUCUAAGAAAGGCCAUGAAGGGACUCGGUAAGGUUUCCUUGAAAUAAUUUUUUUUUAAAAAUAAAGUUGCUUAACGCUCUUAGAAACAUUUAUCGCAAAACAUUUUCAUAGACUUAAAUACAACUUUGCUAGUUAAACUGUAGGUACAUCCUUGCCAUCAUCACCGACCCAGAUCAGUUUUUUCACAGUUAUGAAUAUUACAUUGAAUUUAAUAAUUUUUUAUUUUUUUCCAUUUGCCAUAAAUUAUUGAGAAGAUUAAAAGGCAUUUAAUGUAGUUUUUCCAUAAACUUUUAAAUGUAUAAGUAUAAUCUUAAACUGUUAACUCCAGGUACUGAUGAGAAAGCAAUAAUUGAUGUUCUUGGUUAUCGUUCUAAUGAACAGAGGCAGCAAAUCAAGCUCAUGUACAAAACAUGCUAUGGUCGUGUAAGCAUAUGUCAGAUAGUUUGUUCAUUUAAGAAAAGCUAGUUUCAGCUUAUAUAAUUGUAGCUCAGACGUAACUAAAAAUAGCAUUUUUUUUUAAAAAUAAUUUUAAAAACUUUCAACAUCCCGUUGAAAUCUCUAGGUUUACAUUCUCUAAAUAAUUCAUAAAUUUUGUCAAUCACAGGACCUUCUGAAUGACCUGAAGAGUGAGCUCGGUGGAAGAUUUGAAGAUGCUUGUAUAGCCCUUAUGAUGAAGCCGGAUGAGUUUGAUGCUUAUGAACUUAGGAGAGCCAUGCGUGUAAGGCCUCUCUUACAUCUUGAUUAUUAUACAUAAAAGCCAUAAAAUGCUAAUUUAAACAAACUAGGUUCAUUUUAUGUCCACAGCAUUAGCUUUUACAUUUUUGUUGGUAUCCAACAUGAAAAAUAGCAGGAGCUUAAUUUGUAUUUCAUGGAUACAAAGUACUUUUAUUUAUUUGUUCACUUGUAAUGAAUAAUCUAUGAGGGUAAAAGAUAAUGAAACUACCUGAGCUGUGAGAUAAGUAGUUUGAGUGAAUCGUGUGCCAGCUGCAAAUCAAGCUUUCCGAGUGGAGGGUUUAAUAAAAGUUUUAGUGGUUAAUUAGUUAGUGGUUUGAUGCAUUUGUAAUGUUCUUACUUAAUCUUUGCAUAAUCCAGGGUGCUGGUACAGAUGAGGCAGCUUUGAUAGAGAUAUUGUGCACUAGGACCAAUGCUCAGAUCCAUGCCAUAACUGCUGCAUAUAAACUUAGUAAGAAUUAUCAAUCAAUCUGUGUGUGAAACAUGAAUUAUAUGAACUAUUUGAAUUAUUCAUGUCAGCUAAUUGUAUAUCUUUUAAACAACUUUUUUAAAAAUAUUAACUUCUUGUGCUUGUAGUUCAUAUAUUAUGGUUACGUUUCGAUGACAUGCAAUAUCUUAUAUUUCUCUGGUAAAACAAUAGAAUGCCACAUAGCUGAAGUUAGAUGUAUGAUUAAUCUCAAGGGAUCCUAAUUUUAAUCUAUUAAAAUUUGUUGGAUCCUUAAAUUACCAAAUCCUUAAUGCAUCUACCUGGAGUAAAAACAAGAAACUCUUCAAUGAUUAAAUAUUUUGUCAGGAUUUCUUGUUACUUUAAGUUCUUGGAACUAAACUUGAAAAUUAAUGGUGAAUGAUGAAAAUUAACAUUAUUAAUCAUACGGGAUAUGCAAAAUUAAAAUAAUUUACUUUGUUUUGCAGUUUAUGGUCGUAAAUUAGAGGAUGAUAUCAUAAGUGAAACAUCAGGACAUUUCAGGAAACUGUUGGUAUCCAUGUCUGUUGUAAGUAAAUUUAAUCAGUUAUGCAACAGAUUAUUUUUCAGAGAGGUAGUGAAGUGGCUAAAUCAGUUAGUCUGAAGUAAGUUCAAUAAUUUGAAAAUCAGCAUUACUAAAAAAAAAAAUUUCACUUACUUCAAGCGAAGAUAGCUAAAUUGACAUUUCAUCAGUCAUCCUACCAAUUAAUUGAUAACAGAUUAAUAAAGACUGAAGAAGUCAUCCAGCUAAAACAAAAUCCAGAUUGAAGAGUAAAGCUUUCCUUAUGAAAUUACUCAAACAAAAUCAUGCUGAAACUAAGAUCUGACUGCAACAUAAUAAAAAAACAAGAUUACAUACAGACAUAGACAUAACUGCCAGUGACAUAAUUAAAGAUCUUUGUGACAAGCAGUGCUACAGAUCAAAGAAAAAGUUAAAAUUUGCAAAUAGAUAAACUGAAUUGGAUUUAACCUUUUUAGCAUUUUAUUUUUCAUUGAAUAAUGGAACGCGGAAUUCAGAUGGCUGCUAGAUGCAUCAUAUGAAUAAUUUACAGAAACCACUAUGAGUCAAUUAUUUGAAUAACACAAAAGUUAUUAUUUUUUUAAGGGAGGAAGACAAGAAAACCAGCCUGUUGAUAUAAACAAAGCUAAGACUGAUGCCCAAGUAAGUUUCUCUAUUCAGGCUUACCUUCACCGUUUGAUCAAACGGUCACAUCCACAAAAGUUAAUUGCUCUAUGGUUGGCUUCCCUUAUUUUUAAGCUAAAAGUAUUCAAGGGUUAAAUAGGUCAACACAUAUAAUUUUUCUAGAAGCUCAUUAAUUCCUGUUUUUAUUGUUUUCUCCAAAACCAGAGACUCUACCAGGCUGGAGAGAAGAGGUGGGGAACCGAUGAGAACACCUUUAACAUGAUUCUAGCCUCUCAGAGCUAUGAGCAGUGUCGAGCUGUGUUUGAUGAAUAUGGUCGUCUCUCCAAGCAUGAUAUUGAACAGGCCAUCAAGAAUGAGAUGUCUGGAGAUCUCUCCACUGGAAUGCUGACUAUUGGUAAGUUUUAUUGUGCUAGAAUAUUUCUAGUAUUGUCUGCCCCAUUAAAUAUAUAUAUAUAAAGAUUGUCUGAAAUCUGCAAGAAUUAAAAUAAAAUUGAUUUAACCCGUAGCAGACCUAAUUACACUUACCAUUUUGGCAUACAAUGUACGAUUUUGAGAUGUUUUUUAUGUCUGUAGGCCGAGACCCGUCAGAACUACAAUUUUAAAAGACCGGAUUGAAAAUAUAUACAUUCCAUAUUUAAAAAGUAAAAUUUUGGUUGUUAGUUUUAAUUUGCAUUCUCCAUCCAGCAGUGUAUGAAUCGAGAUGUACGAAUGGUUGGGGACCUUCUAUAAUUACAUUACGUUUGCCCUGAGAGGCAAAGGGGGUGGUGUUGAUUUAGGAGAUUGUGUGGAUGGGGGCAGGUCUAAAUAUUUAAAUGUAUGCAAUCAACCAGAAACUCUGAAACUCCAAAAAUAGCAUAUCAAUAUCUCAAAAGCUGUAAAAUAAUACCUGAUGUUCAGUUGGUUGAAUUAUCGUCGUGAUCUUGCCAUAUAUUUUAACAAAUGAACUCGCUAGCUAUUCUCAGAUAAUACUCUGUAGUAUUACAGUAAAUUACAGUAAUAUUUAUUUCACUGUUAAAGUUCAACGUACAGUAAUAUUUAGUUCACUUUUAAAGUUCAACGUUCGGGUUCGUGGGCGCAACGUCUAUUUUGUUGGACUACGCCAGUGGUUCUAAAAUUUUCAUUUCCCAGCGCCAAUGCCAAAUUUAUGUUUUCAACAGGCUCCUUGUGUGAAAUUCUAACAAGUACACUUAGAAAUAGCGAAUACAUAAACAAAAUAAAAUGAAGGGUUGGGUAAAAAUAAAUAUAGCAUGUCACUAAGAGCCAUCUAUUAACUACAAACAGUAGCUACUCAAGUGGAUUACUGUUUGCUUUACGACCACAAGUUGUCACAUUGGAUAAUGGGGAAAUAAAAUUUUGUAAUAUUUUGCAAUGCCCCAUAUAGGAAAAUGUGCGCACACACCCCACCCCCCUCCUGUCCAGGUGGACCAGUAAUAGGACAAUUGAUUGCACCCUUUGUCUUUGUGAAGAAAAGGGAGAUUUUGUAGUUUAAUUCACUAUUAGGGUCCUUUCUAAAGACGUUUUUGGCGCCUGUUGUUCUUCGCCCCAUUCUCAUGGCACUGCACAAGGGCGAGCACCCCGGGCACCACUGGACUUGUCGAAUCACCAGUGGUAAAACUGAGUGUACAUUUGGUUACUGUAACCUCAUCAAUUUAGAAAGAUUAUUGGAGUUUGUUGGUUGUAUUGUUGUGUUUUUGUUGUUGGGACCGCAAUUUGUUAUUGUAUAUAUUAUAUAUGCUGCAUUUUUAAUUUAUUUAUAUAAUAUUAAGAUACUGUUUUGUAUAAUUUUUAGGCGAUAUUGUAUAAUUUUAGAAGUUUUGGGGUAAACAGGUCUGCAGUAGUAUGCUGAAGCAAUUCAAUUAUAGUCCAUUCAUGUGCUAAAAACUGCAUGUAUCAGUGUUUCUAUUAAACAAGAUGUCCUUUUUAUCAAAAUGAACGCUGUAUUAUUUGUUGUCUCAAUGUUAAUUCUAUAUGAGGUAGCUUCAAUUUUGUGUACUUGUAAGUUUGGACUUUUCUUUGUUUUAUCGCUCAUGGAGUACAACUUUAUUAUUAACAGCAAUUAUUUCAUUAUAACAUUUACAAUCUUAUAAAAAUUGAAUGAAGAUAUUUCAGAAAGAAGAUUUUAUAUUAUUUAACCUCACAUUUACAUGUUUGAAAUAUUAACUUAUAAAAGAAAGUAUUUAACAAUCGGGUUACAUUAUUUUAUAAAACAUUAACAUUUUAGUGCGUAUGAUCAGAAGUAAGCAUGGCUACUUUGCUGACAGACUUUACUAUUCAAUGAAGGUAAAAUUUCUUAAUUAUUUAAUAAAUAAAAUAGAUUGUUAAAAUUUACUGAAAAUCGACAUCCAAAAUGAUGCCUAAUUUUGUCAUAAUUUGUUUUGCUUUAAGAGGACAAAAAACUUCUGAAUAAAAAACCUCUAUAGAAGAUUAUAGUUAAUUUUGCUGAAGUGCAACUUUUAUCCUCUGAUAAACGAUAUAAUAUCUCAACAUAGCAGCUAAAUUUCAUGAGUGUUUUUUUUGAGUGUUUCGGAACAGACUGGAAACAUUUAUUUUAUAUACAUUACCAUAUUUUAAAUAGUUUUGCUUAACAAAAUACUUGUGUUUUAUGCUUUUAGGGAUUAGGAACUGAUGACAGAACCUUGAUUCGUGUUGUGGUAACUAGAGCUGAAGUGGAUAUGAAACAGAUUAAGGAUGAGUUCCAGAGAAGAUAUGGACAGGGGCUUGAAGCUUUCAUCAGGGUAUAAAUUCUAACUUAUAGUUUUGCUAGAAGAACAUAGAAUUAAGCCUGAAUGGCAGCUUCAGCUUUGCUGCAUGCAUUUUAUUUCAUUACUAUUACAAAACCUUUUCUACUACAGUACUUUCCAAAGUGUUAUCUUAUUGAUAUAUUACCGGUACAGCCAAAAUUCUUAAUAAAUUAAAAACUGUCUUCCUCUAUUAAUCUCAUUGUUUUGAAAUAAAAUACUUCAGCCCUUUUCUGUUAAUGCAAGUUCGUGUGUUUUUUAUUUCUUUUCAUUGCCUUAGGAUGAUGUGUCUGGAGACUACAGAAAUCUGAUGAUAGCUUUGAUAUCAGGUCGUUAACGUCUCUUUACAUGGGUGGAAUUCUCUUGGGUAAGAAAUCAUGAUUGCAAGUCCUCCAUGGAAUGGCAGAUCAUUUUUCAUUUUUAGCUCAGCUAUUAGUGGUCUUGGUUUAAAAAUAAUUGGGAGACAGAAGAGGUACUACAUUUCAAGAGUAUUGUAGGCAUGUAUUUAAGAAUGGAGGAAGAACUCCAAUCUCUCAAGUGUAAUUUCUAUAAAAUAAUUAAAAGAAUAACUGGUUGUUUUUCUUAAGAAAAAUUGCAAUGUUUAAAAGCUGUUAAAUCAUUUUGGCUCUACGGAACAUUUUAUUGAAAUUAAAAGAAGAAACAAACCAAGAAGUGUUGCCUAUAAAAAUGUCUCUGGUAAUGACAUGCCAGUUACAUAAACCUGUGUAAAUUAUUUCAUAUACCGUACGGAAUACAUAUUAGUGUAAGACUGUCCCUCCAGCUGACAAAGUUGAGUAGUGGUAGUGCAGCAAUGUUCAUUAUUAACCCACGAACUGUGUAUGUUAUGUUUCUGUACUGUGCGGGGAAUUUAGAGCUUUUUGGGUGCCUUUGAAAAAGUUGAUUUUUUACAAGCAAACUAUAGCUAGACCCCAUUAAGUAUAUAUUUAUUGAAAGUAGACAGAGUGGGGAAUCAUACUGGCUAUUUUGUUAAUGAUAUUUUAUACUCGCUGACCAUGACCUUGACGGGACCAAGAAUAAACAAAAUAAUGAAAUUUGUUAUUUUCAAAUACCUCACACUACAAUUUUUUAAAGGCAUAUUAUUUUAAUGUUGAUAUAAUAUGAUAACAUUUUUAUAUAUCUUUCAGAAAAUGUAUCAUUUGUAUAUGUUUUAGUUAUAAAUAGAUUUUUAAAAAUUCUUUUGAUGCCUAUAAUUACAUUCAAGUAACAAAGCACAGCAUAAACAAUAUAAACAUUACUAAAUUAAAAUAGCAUGAAACAGAUAAAAUUUUAAAAGCACCUAUAUAAAUAUUUAAUUCAUAAAAUGAAAUAUAAAUGAACAUAUCUAGAACAACAUCCAAUUAUUUUUUGUUGGUACAAAAUCAUCUGCAACAAAAUUUUGAGGGUCAUGUUUUGCUGCAACGUAUACUCUUUCUAUGCCUAGGUCUAAAUGGUCCGAAGUUUCGCUUUCUGACCCACUAGAAAAUAAUUGGAAUUAUCAUUGCUCUACGUGUGUUUGGAAAAUCAUCUUCAGAAUCACUUAAGUCAUUAACUAAUAAGAAAUAUCAAAAAGAUUCCUAACUGAUUUAUUUUGUAAGCCAGAUGGUCCAGCUAUGGCCUCAUCCAUUUUGCGAAAAUCUACUUACAAAACUUUGCUUGAUAAAGAUCAUUGUAAAAAAUUACUCCAAAUUUUAAAAAAAGGACCCAGGAAAGCCAAAAAUGGAAUUUUAUUUAUUAUAUAAAGGAAUUCAUUUUAUUUGGUGUAAAAUAUUGUAGUGGAACUUAUUAUUUCAACGCAAUUUUUAUCGGCCGCCACAGUUUAGAACGAGGAAAUCUGCCGAUAAGAUCCACCGAACAAGUUCGUGGGUUAAUAAAACUGGACUCUGUGGUCACUGUCUCUUUAUGCACUAGUGGUUUAUCCAGGUAUGGGCAAAAGUGCAUCCCUGUGUUUUUAAAUAAUUUUAAAAAAGUGUGGGAAGGGGACUUGUCCCUCCCCCCCCCCCCCCCCCCCCUCCCCCCACUUUUGCUCCGUUGACUUCGUCGUCCUCAAUUUCCAUUUCCCCCAAAUCGUCUUCGUCUCUCAAAUUAGCAUUUUUUAUUUGCAAUAAUGCACUGUAUUUAAAUAUAUAAACUUUGGUCAUCUUCUUUGAAAAGUGACAUAAAAAAAGUUGUGAUGUGAAUAGUUAUUGUUAUACAUUAUACUGUAUGUAUAUUUAUUUAAAAUUAAAAUACAGUUUUUUACUAAUUUGGAAGUUCCAGUAUAACCAUGUCUGUAGCCUGAAUCUCAUUCAUGUUUAUUUUUCUUCUUCUCUCUAGGGCCAGUGAUUUCUGCCAGUGAUUAUUACAACAAAAUCCAUUACAUCUUAUGAAUGAGAAAUAUUUUUUUUGUAAAUGGAACCACAACACUGGAGCAGAUAUGUCUUGUGCCACUGAGAUAACCUAUAUCUUAUAUUAAAGUAGCAAUGUAUUUUAGGAUAAAGAAUGAGAAGACUAUUUAAUGACUGUCUGUAUGCCUUUUAUCAGCUUAAAUUAAUGCAAAGUGCUCAAAUUUGUAUUUCCCGUGCAUGUAUUUAUGCAAUGAUACUAGCUACUGAAUUUCAAGCGAACAUUCAAAAGAUGAGAAUUAAAUGAAUUAAAUGAUAAUAGGGGAUCCCUUUACCCAGUGGUGUGCAACCUGCAGUUCAUCACCUCAAAUGGAUUGUCAGGGCUUAUAAGUUGAUAUCUAUGUGCAGACAUAAUAAUUUUUCACUAGUCUCUAUCAUAAAAAGUUUGCUUACCAUUGACUUAAGAAGCUGUCUAUAAAAUUUCUAUACAAAUAUGUUUGAAUGCUUUUGUAACUUUUUCCUUGAGCUGGAAUUUUGUGCAUUAAAAAUGCAUUUUAUUAAAUUAAUUCUUAACAUUGCCGUGGCUAUAAAAUUGUAAUCUUUUUUCAUUGCCUCCUCUGUACUCUUUCUAUGAUUAUAAAUAUAGCUGUAAUAGAUGUUUUUUUUCUGAGAUAUUGGUUCUAUGGUUAGAUAGAUUUUAUUUUUAGAAUAGUAUUAUUGUUUAUAAUUUAUAAGUAAAUUAAAUAAGUAAAUUAAAUACAAUCGGGUACAGCUUUUGAAAUGCGGUGGGGGUGGUUUCUAUCCUCUCAUCAGCUGUGUUACCCGUAAAUAAAACUGUUAAAUGACUGCGUAUAACAAUGUAAACAUCAUGACUCGAAAUAUCAUGAAAAGUCAAGCAACAAACUGCAAGCAGAAAAUAAAAUGUUCAGCCAGAUGUGACCAUGAUUUCCAAAGUCAUCUCAGUACCCCAUACGAACACCUGUGUCUUAAUACAAUUGAAUUCUUGUUAACAUUUUAUAUCCGUCAAAUUUAGUUCAUGUGAAAUUUCCUGUUCUCCCAGCUAUAACAUGUCACGUUAUCUAAUGUAACAAAUCAUAACUGUCUCUACAUACUUGUUAAUGAAAGUUUAAAACCUCUUUAUUUCAUUUUUUAUUUCUCCUUGGUAAUUCUAUGAAAUAAAUCUACACAAUUUUAAAGCUGUUUUACAAUGUUCUUGUUUUGAAGUUCACCAAACCAUGAUCAUGAAUAAAUUAAGAUUCUAUAGGGGAUUUUUCUUCUUGACUUGUUAUUUACUUCUUAAGCAACUUUCACAAAUCACCGUAACAGCCCGUUUUUAUUGUCUCUUUGGGGAGUAAAAUUUUAAUUUAAUUCUUUUACUUUUACAAUCUUUUUUAAAAACUAAAAUAAUGGUCUAACACAGUGCUCAAAAUUAUCAUUGUGACUAAUUAGUAACUGACGGGGAAAAAGAAGAAAGGGUGCUGAAUUUACUGUCAAAGCUCUUAAAAUUAUGACUAAGGGCAUAUGGACAUGUUCUCACUUUGAGAAGCACUCGUCUAGGCUAUGUUUUAUGGGGGGAAGAUUUUUUUUACCUCCUAUUUCUAUAUUGUCCUGUCCAACUGUUUUGUUUCAAUAUACAGCAUAUUAUGGUAAAUACCUUUUAUUAUCUUGACAAUUCUUACCAUUAAUCCAGUACAUGAUUUAAAGCUUGUGACUUACAUUGUUUGUGUUUUUUAUUUUAAGGUUUGGUUGUUGAUUUCUAUGCUCUAGUUUUGAAUAUGACUAUGCAUUUAUAAAAACAAUCCAUAUCCCAUCUUGACAAAGUGAGGUUCAGACCAACUUUACUAAAAUACAAAAUACUUGUGAUCCCACUGAAGCCUUAGACUUAAAACAGAAUGUCUUGUAAAACUUGCUAAAGAUGGAUCCAAUUCCCUAAAGAUGGUAAAUAUUGAUAUCAUGUGUGCUGAUAUAGUCUCAUCAAAUCUGGAGCAUAACAUUUACAGAUCUCGAUACUGAAUGUUCAACAUUUAUCAACCUUUUAUUAGAAUAGGUAAAUUUUUUUUUGAUGUUGCUUUUACAUUUAUGUUUAUUUUUACCAUUAUUUACAGCGAAAAUAAAGUAGAAAAAAAAA